AUGAAUGCCUCUUCAAAUGAAAUGGAAUAUUAUGACGACACUGAUUAUGAAGAUUUCAUAUUUUGGAAUAACAUUAUGCAAACAAUUAUUCCAAUUUUUGAACAUCAAAGCCAUUUGGACUUUUUGGUUGCUGUUAUUGGAGUUUUGGUUAACAUAUUCCAUUUGAUAGUUCUAUCCAGAAAAUCUAUGAGAUUGUAUACCAUCAAUCUUUUCCUGAUUGGAAUUGCAAUUUGUGAUUUUCUUCGAUUAAUUUUCAACGUUCUUGUUGCUUUAUCAAAUUAUUAUCAUAAAUACCAAACGUCCAUUAUGCCUGAAGAUUGUACUCCACCCAAGUCAUGGUUGUCAUUUUUUGUAUCGGUACACUCUAUAACAAUACCCAGAAUAUUUCAAAAGCUUGCUGUUUGCUUUGGUGUUGCGAUGGCAGUUUUGAGGGUCAUUAUAUUGAAAUACCCGUUAAAUCGAAGAGGUCAAAAUCUGAAAAGGUCAAGCUCUGGAAUUUGUAUUCUUCUCAUCGUCUGUAUUCCCCAUAUACCAUUCUGGUUUUUUGACUUACAAUGGACGGAAAUUCAAGAAAAUGGGAUUUGGAAGCCUCCUCCUGGUUGUGAAAAUUUCAACGAUCACAAUUUGCAUAUAGAGUACUCGGUGAAGCCCGGGGAAUACAGCAGUGAAACUUUACUUCGUAUAGAAGGAGUUUUGUUCACAGUAAUCCCGUCCUUAAUUCUUCCAAUUGUCACCGGAACUCUUAUUUAUUUUUUUAAAACAUUGAAAAAGUCAACAUCAUCCAGAAAUAAUGAUCACAAUGCUCGUUCUACAAUAAUGGUUACCCUGGUUGCGGUGACUUUUGUAAUUGCAACUUUUCCACUUUUGCUAACUUAUUUGGUCGAUUUUUUGAGUCUUGGUUACAGAUUAGCUUUUUUUAUUAUUCUUUUUGGUGCUUUUUGUGAAUUCGUGUCUCUAAUCAAUGGAACAUUACAUUUUUUGUUAUGUGCUUUCAUAUCAACACAAUAUCAAAAAACUGUUAGAGAAAUGUUUGGGCGCAAAAUUAGUCGGAUAACGGUGGCCACAAUAUAA